GCAACUGCCAAUAUCAAUAACAUCUUAUUCAUCUUCUGUCAUAUAUAGUUUCCGCAGUAUAUAGUAAAUUUAAAGACCACAUCGAGACAGUCUGAGGUUAGGAACGCGUGAUCUUGGAAUUAAAAAAAAUAUUCUGUGAAUUCCUCGCGUGGAUUGGUCGAGCGUUUUAUUUUUGCAUUACGUACUUAAAUUUUAUUGGACUCAACAUUGAAGAAAUAAUUACAUUUGCGUCUGUGUGUAAGUUAACUACCAUUUCCGUUUCGUGUGUUGAAAAGGUUGAAAAUAAACACGACAAUCGACAAUUGUAUGAUUGUAUGAGAUUCUAUGAGCACGGGCACGAGAGAAGAGAAGAAACGAGUACAAGAACCAAGAAAAGGAAUGUGGGAAGCAGUGCAGUGAAUUCAGACUUUAUUUUAUUGUGCACGAAAGUGAGAUGGAAGAUGAAGAAUAAUUAGAUGUGAAGUUGAGAAGAGCAAGAAAACAUUUUCAAGUUAUGUGUUGAAAAUCCGAAUCGAAAAAUUACCAGAGCUUUUAAAAUGUUCGAGCCUACAGAACAAGGAAAGGAUCUUUGCAUCCACACUGGUGUAGUUUUAAGAGGAGCAAAUACGCGAGAAGACGAAGUUCACAGCUCAGGAACCCUAAAUAUCGUUGAAUACAGUUUUGGUAAAUGCAUCGAAUGGAAGCCAAUCGAAGUAUCGGUCGUCUCCGAGAAUCAAGAUCAGGAUCCAGAAUGGUCUCUGGUAGAUUCGCACACAAGAAGAACUCGAACUUCCUCAGAAGGUCCAGAUUCUCUAGGACGCACAAGAACUGUCCGCAUACUGUUUUCGGAACUGAAAUCUUUUCGAAUCCAUCACAGUGGACAGCAACUAAUAUUCAUGCAGCAAGAUGGGACGACCUAUGUGGCCUUUUUUCAGCUUUCCAACGCUGAAAGUUUUGUAAACUCUUUGAAAGGCUUUGUCAAAUUCUUCAGGUCUAAACGGGACAGAAGUUUAUACAUUAUUGAAGAUGAAGUAAGCAAUGUUCUCAACAAAUCCUUUGCUGAACUGGACCUUUUUCAAGAGAAUACCUCAGACUAUGUGUGGAAAUUCGUCAGAAAUUUGCAUGACCGUCCAUAUGAAACAACAAUGGAGGCCUUCAGUAAACUUACUGACAUUUGGAUUUACAAAGAUCCUGAAGUGAAACGGCCUGUGGAAGAAGCAGUUGCUGAUCUUUUAAAUCGCUCUCUUUCGAUAGAUGUCCCUCAACCAUCGGUUUCCGUGAGUUCUGGAGAGGAAUAUGAAGUUAUUGGCGUCUCAAAUGCAUCAGUGCUUCUUUCACCAAUACCUCCUUGUCCUAGAGGAGCGCCAUUGUCGCAAGAGCAAUGGGAUAAAUACAAAGAUUCAAUGGGGCGAAUUACAAACCCCGAGGCAGUCAAGGAAAUUAUUUUCAGAGGGGGAAUUUCGCCAUCCUUGCGAUAUGAAGUUUGGAAGUUCCUGCUGAAUUACUACCCCUGGGAUUCAACGAGUAUAGAUAGACUGGAGUUGAAGAAAAAGAAGACUGACGAAUAUUUUAUUAUGAAACUCCAGUGGCGAUCCAUGACUCCUAAUCAAGAAAAUAACUUUUCCAGUUAUCGCGACCGUAAAAGUUUGAUAGAGAAAGACGUAAACAGAACUGACAGAACACACGCGUAUUAUUCUGGUGAUAAUAAUCCUCAUUUAGCACAGUUGUACGAUAUUUUGAUGACCUAUGUGAUGUACAAUUUUGACUUAGGAUACGUUCAAGGCAUGAGCGAUUUGCUCAGCCCGAUUUUAUGUCUCAUGGAUAACGAAGUUGAUGCCUUUUGGUGUUUCGUGGGAUUCAUGGAUAAAGUCAGUACUAAUUUUGAGAUGGACCAAGUAGGAAUGAAAACUCAGCUUAGUCAAAUCCAUCAUCUGCUCUCAGUAACGGAACCUCAGUUGGCAAAUUAUUUGGACAGACAUGACUCUGGAAAUAUGUUUUUCUGUUUCCGAUGGCUCUUGGUAUUGUUCAAGAGGGAAUUCAAUGCCGUUGAUAUCAUGAAACUCUGGGAAGUACUUUGGACUGAUUUGCCUUGUAAAAACUUUCAUCUCCUUUUGUGUGCUGCAAUUUUGGAUACGGAGAAGGCCGUGCUCAUGGAAAAUCAGUACGGAUUUACUGAGAUUUUAAAGCACAUAAAUGACCUCUCUCAACAUAUCGAGUUGCCCUGGACACUGUCAAAAGCCGAGGGAAUUUAUCUUCAGUUGAUAUCCGUGGCUCCUCAUCUCACAAAUAAUAUUCGCACUAUUAUUGGACUAGAACCUAUCAACAGAUCUCCCGAACCCUGUGACAUGGACAUCAGCAACGGGAGCAUCAUCUCUCCGACUAACGGAGAAAGUUCCUCCCACCAAUCCGAAAGCGAUGGAAAUGUGAAAUUUGGAGACAACGAAGUAUCUUUCGAGCGAGGUUUGAAUUUAUCGUACACAUGAGUGGAGGACUUCUCUUUUGUUAUGUUUUGAGUGUCUAGUACUUGAAAUUAGAGGGAUUUUUGCUGUUGCAAAUUUCCGA